GGCAUUUCUUUCUUGGACCCAAAGAAACCCUAAAUCUCGAAAUUCAACCCCACCUCUCUCUCUCUCCCUCCCCUCCGAGCUCUACCGAAAGCUUAGAGAAGAAUAAAAAUCAAACCUUUCCAACCUUCGCCUGCUCCGAUCUGCAGCAACCAGCAACGCAAGGUGCUCGCGAAACAACAGCAACAGCAGCAUCUUCACCUUGGAACGCCUUCAGACCAAAUCAAGAAAUGGCUUAUGUAGAUCAUGCAUUCUCAAUUUCAGAUGAGGACAUGAUGAUGGAGACGACUUAUACUGUGAAUAACAGGCCACCAAUUAAAGAGAUUGCCCUUGCUGUGUCUCUUCUUGUUUUUGGAAGCAUUGGCAUAGUCUUGGGCAUUAUCAUGGCUUCCUACAAAGUUGGUGGUGAUCGAGCCCAUGGGGUGUUCUUCACAAUGUUAGGGUCAAUCUUGUUCAUUCCUGGAUUCUACUAUACUCGCAUUGCUUAUUAUGCGUACAAGGGAUAUAAAGGUUUUUCGUUCUCCAACAUACCACCUGUGUAGAGCCUCUACCUGUCAUUCUAUGAUGACAAUGCUGCCUGAUCAUGUAUAGAUCUUUCUUCCCCCCUUUUUCUUGUUUCUCUUUUGAUAUGUUUCUAUGAAGCUUUAAGCUUUGUCUGGGGACUUCAUUAGUAUACAGACUGUUGAUGUCCUAUGAACAAGCACAGAAUGUACAGACAACAUUGCUAUCUAAUAUACUAGACUUAUGACAUCA